CGCCCAUACUUCGUCUCUGCUUAUUUGCUUGCAGUAACUCUUGAUCCAACCAUGGACGACGAUCAUGGCAAGCCCCCUGCAAGUGAGAAGAGCGACGAGGGCGCAAAUGCAGAGAUACCAUUCGAAAGGGGAUCCCCUCACACCCUUCAAGAGCUCCUGCGGACACUGUCUGUAAACGAAAACGAUGAUACAUUUCUUAGCCUGAGUGCUCUGUUUGAAGCCCUCACUUUGCAAGAACAAGCCAUCGCGGAGAGUGCAUCCGAGGAAGAGCCCAGUCCUGAAAAAGCCCAAGACGAACAGCCUGGUUGUGCCGCUGAAAACUUGGAAGCCACAGCUCAAGUCGACCGUGGCGAUGAAUCAAAACAAGCUGACGGUACCGGUACAUGUUCCGGUGCGACUCGAUCAGUGAGUCCAACCGCGUUGCUUCACAACAUUCAAGAAGUCAUUCAAGGGCUGGUGGAUUCAGCUGAUGACCCAGAUCUAUUGAUACUAAGUCAAGAUUUCCUCGAGUUUGUAGCUGGUGAAUCAGGAGACAGACGCGACAGCGCAGCGGCUGACAGUGUCCUCGAAUGCGCAGCACGCAACUCAGAUCGAUCUCUAGAGGACCAAGAGCUGCACGGGAGAACCCCGCAUGAAACAGACUCGGACAGCAAUGACAAGGGCCCGACGACAAGCACCGAGGCCAACACGCCCAGUGAAACCAACAAGACGGAUAAGGUAGAAACGCCGCAGAAGGCUCAAGACGGCAAGAAAAAGCGUGGUCCCUACAACAAAACAGAGGUUGUGCACUUUCCAAGGAGACUCCUGGAACACAUCGACCCAGAUAUCAUCAACCAAGACGAUAGGCUGAUCAAGGCUCUUGAAGGUUCCAAGAAGAGCUUCUCGCGAGAGGAUGGUGCCACCCGCGGUCCGUACAAAUGCAACCAAUGUGGCGCGAAUCAGACCUCAGAAGAGCACGAAUGCCCCUUUGUCAGGGUUGACCGCCGAGCUUUGGGUGAGGUGCGCGAAAACUUUCCUGACCUACCGAAAUCAUGGCAAGACAUCUUGGACCUUUACAAUGAUCUAGAUAGGAUUCGAGACAACAACCCCCCACGAAAACAGGCUGAGCACAGUUUGGCCGCCGAGGGAGACAGCUCUGAGAGUGCUACAGCUUUGGAAACCGCAGGAGCCAAUGACGAAGAAGUAGCUUCGGCGACAGACCAAGGAGACUUUGAGCCUUCGGGAACUGAUCCUCUUGUCGUUUCUAUGGCUACCGACACUGAUCAAGAUGACACAGCGAACGAAGGUGAAGAUCAAGAUACCAUGGACGAGUCAGAAAACACGGAGGAGAGCUCUGUCAAGAAGAGGCGGGUAGGAUAAAUCCACGUUCAGAUUGGCCUUCGUGGAUCGAUUCGACGGUUCUUGUCGAGGAAUGUUUUACAAACACAAUUGUUUGUGUUUAUCUGAUGGAACCUGGUCGGCGGAUUCUGAGGAGGACGAUGUUAUGGGCAAAUUCAGCAGUUUUGUAGAGGAAGAGGCUAGAUACACGUAGACUAAAAAGAAGUGAUAAAGGAAGCACAUCUUCGGCUUUCAAUUGAGAUAAAGGACAGUGUACAAUGAGCACGGCGUGUUGUUGGGCGGCUUGGCGUACUAUUACCGUGAGCUUUGGCAUCGAUCAUCGAAUCAGCGAGGGGCAGAGAGAAUGAUAAUGAUAGGUCUAGCUAGCUGGUGUGGUUCUCGUAUAACAUCCUCCACUCUCUGUAAUGUACCGCUAUCCGCUAUCCUCGAGGAUAUCUGAGUGGGC